GUUCAUAUAAAGAACACACAAAUGUGAUAGAAAGUUAUUCUAUAGAUUUUAAUAGCAUAUAUAAUCCCGGAUGCGGAGAUAUUAAAUCAGAAUAUGAAGGAUUCAGUAACUUAAUUGAUCUAAAUUCUUGCAAUAAAGUUAUGAUGUAUAUAUAUCAUACAAAUAUUUUGCUUCCAGAUAUAUAUAUUGAUAAUAGAUUUAUAUAUUUGUAUUACUGGAUAUACGACUAUUUAUUACGGGAUAAUAAAAAACAUGAACUGGCGUGGCAAUUGUACAAAAGCUUCCUAAAUAAAUAUAUCGAUGUAGAUAGUGAUCAUGUUAUGUGUAUAAAAUAUUUGAAUAACCCCAAUGAUGUUAUAUUCACAAAAUCGGCUAAACUAAUCGAACUCUAUGAGAACUUCAAUAAGAAUGACAAACAUUUGAACUGUGAUUUCGCAAAAGAAUGUUCAGAUUUAUAUAUAGAGUAUUUAAAAGAAUGUAAAAAUAAUGACAAUUAUUACUGUAGAGAGCUAAAGAAUUUUAAACAUAAUUAUGAAGAAAAGAUGAUAUCUAUAGAUAAUUGUAAAGGUUUAGAGAAAAUUUUGCCAUCUUUUAUAAAACAAGAUCCUCGUAAUAUUAUAAUAAUUCCUAUGAUUAUACUAACAACUUUGUCCUUUUUUUUUUUGCACUGUACAAAGUUAAAUUAUUUUAUUUACCGAUUAAUAAUAAAUAUUACAUUUAUUAUUACAUAUUUUUCAAAAAUAAGAGGAUAA